UUUUUGUCGAGAGCGAAAUUAGUAUGCAUCCGGUGACUGAACAGAACAUAACUGGAAGUCAAAGGUCAGACGGUAUUAAAUACAACUGGACACCAAUUUCAAUGCCAGCACUAACACCUGUGCAUCUAACACCUAACGCAAAUUGCUCAGAAAAAACAGUAAAGCAGAUAUAUGACAGAGAGUCGCCGAUACCACGGACUGAAACAUCCCGAGGAGAACAAAGAGACAUUGUGGUCUAUGAUAGCGAGGCGCCUAUCCCACUGGCAACAGGAACACCAGAGGAAAGAAAUUUUAUCGGAGUGAAAGAAGAUGUCGAGCCAAGGGAAUUUGAAGUGGAUACGCCACAGGGAUCAGAUCUAAAUCUAACAGUUAAUGAAUACAUUGAAAAAUGGAGGAAGCGCAAAUCUGUGGAAAAUGAAGAAAACGCUAGAAAUGAAUCAGAGAGGAAAAGAUCUAAUAACAGUCGCGUUGACAGGAAGGAGCUACAUAGAAGAAUGUUUCCUCUGGAACAGUUUAAUGACAACCUGCUACAUGACGACAUGUAUUGCCCGAAUGCAGGGAAAAGUGUGUAUUACCGAUUGAAUCCUGCCCUCAGUGCCGGGACAAGUUGUUUCAAUACUGGAUUUUAUCGUCCUGGAAAAUGUGUUGGUGUCAAAUACACUGACACAGGUAGGCUUUACAGAAUUUAUGAUGACAGGAAUGGAACAGAGCACACACUCAACAGGUUUCAAAUCAAACAAGCCUGAUUUGUACAUAACAUUGUCAAUAAAUAAAUAUAUUUUUAUGCCCCCAAAGGUGGGCAUAUUAAAAUUGCACUGUCCUUCUGUGCGUGCGUGCGUCCGGUUAAUUUUGUCUCCCACAACAUAGUGGUGUGGGAGACAUAUUGAUUUACUCCAGUCCGUGUGCCUGUGUUGUGUGUCACAAAGCUUGUACACGCUCUAAGUCAAACAUUUCUCAUCCGAUUUUCACCAAACUUAAAACUUGUUUGACCAUAAGACCUCGGCCAAGUUCGAUAACUAGCCAAAUCGGUCCUAGCAGUUUGGAGUUACGACCCUUGAAUUACUGAAAAAUCAGCCAUUUUACUCUUGUCCACACUCUAAGUCGCACAUUUCUCAUCCGAUCUUCACUAAAAUUGAACAAAAUGUCUUUGACUAUGAGACCUCGGUCGGGUGGGAUAACUAGUCAAAUAGGUUCAGGCAUUUUGGAGUUACGGUCCUUGAAUUACCGAAAAAUCCGCCUUUUUACUCUUGUCCGCUCACUAAGUCGAACAUUUCUCAUCCGGUCUUCACCAAACUUGAACAAAAUGUGUUUGGGCAUAAGACCUUAGCCAAGUUCGAUAACAAGCCAAAUACGCCAAAGCACUUUUAAUUUAUGGAUCUAUAGGGGAAGUUGUGGGAGACAUGCGCUUUUCUCAAAAGCAUCUCUAGUUCUUGUCCGGGCUGUAACUCCAUGAAUGGAUUUUCAUAUAACUUUGCAAAAAUGUUUACCAUAAUGAGACGACGUGUCAUGCGCAAGAUCCAGACCCGUAGCUACAAGGUCAAGGUCACAUUGAGAAGCAAAAGUUUUUUAUCUGGUUCAUAACUCUGCCAUUUAUAAAGGGAUAUGAAAAUAAUUUUAAACAAAUGUUAACCAUAUUGAGAAUGUCUGUCACGCUUAUGACCCGGGUCUCUUAGGUCAAGGUCGCGAAAUGAUGUAUGAUUUUUUACGCAUAAGCUGUAUCAUUCUUGGGCGUGCUUUGUGGGCAUUUGUCAUCAAUAGUGACAACUCUUGUUCAAGACUGAAGUGGACAUAGUUAUUUAGAAAUAAUUUAUAGCAAAAGAGUGUUUUAACACUAUUUAUACACGAUGGGUGGUACUACGUCGGGCGUAAUAAUUUUCACGAUGGCGCAGCCCGAGUGAGAUUAAAUGUACGAUGUAUUACCGACCAAGUGUAUAAAUAAUGUUAAAACACGAUUUUGCUAUGCAUUAUUUAGAUUCUAAUAUACCCUUAAUUUAAAACAGUAGAUAAAAUAUAGUAGCGCUCAUUUUUAGUCGCAACAAAAACACUGACGUGAUCGCACGUUAACGUAACGUCAUUCUGGCGUACGUAUGUUUUAACAGAGACAAUCUUAUUAGAAUUAAGAAAUAAUUUAUAGAAAAAUAGUGCUUUAUCUCUAUUAAUACACGAUGAGCGGUUAACGUCGGGCGUAAUAAUUUCCCGGGUGUACAGUGACAAAGCACUGUUUUGUUAUAAAUUAUUUUGAUUCUCAUAUUGUAAAAUUUAUAUUAAAAAAUGGAAAUGUUUCUUCACGCAAGCAUGGCGCCAGUAGAAGGUAUUUGUUAAAACACGCCAGGACCGGAAACGGUAAUACGUCUUGCGGCAGAAUUCAGUUCGAGCGAAAAUUAUUGCGAAUUAUUCAGCAAUGCGAAUAACUAAUUUAGUAUGUGUAUAAAUUAAUCAAAACAUUUUAGUAAGUGUAUAAAUUAAUCAAAACAUUUGUGCAAUGUGACAUUUCGUUUAAAACAUGUUAUUAAGUAAAAUUCGUGAAAUUUGAAAGGACUAUUUCUUGAUGCGUACUAAAUAUCACGUUGGCGUGAUGUCAACAUAACAUCGUUGUGAUGAUUAAAGCAUUGUUAGCCAUAUUAGAAUACAAAAUAUUGCAUUUAUUUAGCUGGUUGACAGUGUGUAGUGGUAUGUUUGAACACUUGAUCUUUCUAGUUAUUACGUUUUAACUUCCAGUAAUUUGCCUCGUAUGCAUGUUAUCGAUUUUGAAAAUUUUAUUCAUCAGAUUUCAGACGUUGUUGCCGUUUCUAAGCAGAUAUAUUUCCGUACAUCCGUACAUUUUUAAGAUAUGUCUACGUGAUAUUUUGCAUGCUAAUGAAUAAAAAUCGUCAAUUCCUUAAAUAUGGUGAUAAACAGAGAAUAUUAGGUAAUUGUCUUUCUUAACGUAUUUCUAUCCACGAGUUGGACAUUUUUUCAUCAUAAUGUUGACAAAACACUUUCUUGCAUAAAACCUACUUUUUGAACGGAUACGCCAAAGUAUUUACGGGAGAAAAAAACGUGUGCAAACGAUGUAACUAACGUGCUGAAAAUGCAUGAUUUUUAUUUUUGAAAUGCUUUCCAAGCAUACACUGUGUAAUUCUGCGAAAACUGACAUUAGUAUCUGCGUGUUGAAAUGUGUUCCAAAUUUAUGGGUUCGAUACUCACUUAUGCAAGAAAAUAGGAUGAGUUAUAAAUGUUUUAAGUACGGUUAUUUAAACAGUAAUAGAAACUGGCAUUAUAGAAUGACAUCUCUUAUGAAUGUGUAUGAUUGUAAUGAGUUUGCAUACAUGGAUGUUCCUUUGCCUAAGUCUAAUUGUAUUACUAAGCUUAAAGAUACAUGUUUAAGCAAAUAUCAAAUAUAUUGAGAAUUCGGUGAAUACAGUUAACGCCGAACCAGGAACUAUUGGCUUUGGAGGAAAUAAGCUUAGGGCUUUUUAAAAAAAUAAUGUUUUUCAGCCCAUUAAACCCAAGGUCAAGGUCACCGAGUUGUUAUACGUGGAAUUAUUUCCAUGUUACCGUUAAAUAGCCGAAGAGUGUAUUUAUGUAUGGUACUAUAUGUGAAAUAUUGAAAGAUUAUAGUAGACAAUUAUGUUUUAAAGGGAGUUUGGUAUUAAUCAGAUCAGUUUAUAACAGACUGAUCUGUUAUAAUAUUUGUUUUUUCUAAAACCAUUUUUAUUAGAUACACGUUUGUGGUGUUUUUUGGCCUUUCAGUUUUGUUAAUGUAAUUGUCCACUUUUAUGUCAGUUUUUCGGCCAUUAAAAGCCCAGUUUCUCAGUUUUUACACAUCAUAUUGUUCUUAUUUUUAACCUUUCUUAAUACAAUAAUAGUAUAUGAUAGAAAUUUUAUGAUAUUUAUAGAAAUUAAUUCAGUCUCCAAUAAUUCUUUAAAAGAAUGGUCUUGCAUAUGAUUUUAUGUUUGUAUUAUAAUGUAAUUGUAUGAAGUACAUGUAUGCAAGAAUGAUACGUAAAUAAAGAUAUGUUCGUACUCACUUCUUCACCUGUUUACUCCCCUUUUAAAAGUGGGUCUCGAUUCUGUUUUUUUAUAGAUAACCGUGAUUGUUAAACUUGCGUGAUUGUUUGCUUUCAGGAUAUUUUUGUUUAGUACAAGUUAUCAUUCUUGAAAUUAUGCACCUGUAUACGAAAGUUUUAAGUAAUAUAAGAAAAAAUUAGUAAUGUUAUCUUUUAAUAUCGAGAGAUAAUAAACUCACAAAAAAAAAACUUUUGAAUGUGU